CACGCUUUAAAAAGCCAGCAGAGGCAGCCAGAGGAAAAGAUUAACACGAGAGCAGCCGCCCCGAGACACCAGACCCCGCGGGCUGAUGCUCAGAAGACCCCAGAGACCGCCCAGCCAGGUUCUUGUUGUCUCCUAGCAGCAAAAGCAUCUCGCACAAGAAGCUUACAAUGUCAAGCAAUGUUUCACAAUGCCUUGUCGGUGAAGGGAUGGAACCUUUUACCUAUUUUUACUACGUGAUUUUUCUGAUGGGAUUUAUUGGAAGCUGUUUUGCAUUAUGGGCAUUCACACAGAGAGCUCAGAAGCAGAAGUGCAUGAGCAUCUAUUUAAUUAACCUCUUGACAGCGGAUUUUUUGUUGACUUUGGCAUUGCCAGUAAAGAUUGUUGUUGACCUAGGAGUUGCACCCUGGAAACUGAGAAUAUUCCACUGUCAAGUUACGGCCUGUUUGAUCUACCUGAACAUGUAUUUAUCCAUUAUAUUUUUGGGAUUUGUAAGCAUGGAUCGUUGCCUUCAGCUGAUGCACAGCUCGAAGAUCUACCGCAUUCAAGAGCCUGGAUUUGCCAAGAUGUUGUCUGCAGUCGUGUGGACAAUGGUUCUCCUCAUAACAGUGCCCAACAUGGCUAUUCCAAUAAAAACGAUUGAGGAAAGACCUGGUGCAGGAUGUAUCAGUUUCAAAACUAAAUUUGGAAGAGACUGGCACGUGUUCACUAAUUUCAUAUGCACGGCAAUAUUCCUGAACUUUUCAGCUGUGAUCCUGAUCUCCAAUUUCCUUGUAGUCAGACAGCUCUGCCAGAACAAAUACAGGGAGAGUUACCCCAACGUGAAGAAAGCCCUGACCAACAUCCUGCUGGUGACUGCAGCCUACCUGCUGUGCUUCGUGCCCUACCACAUCGUCCGCAUCCCCUACACCCUGAGCCAGAGCGACACCAUCACCAGCUGCCCUCUCAAACAAGCUCUCUUCAAAGCCAAAGAAUCCACCCUGCUCUUCGCGGUAUCAAACCUCUGUUUUGACCCCAUCCUCUACUACCAUCUUUCCAAAUCCUUCCGAUUGAAGUUUUCCGAGACCUUUGCAGCCCCCAAAGAGGAGAAGGCUUCCAGAGACGAAGGGGCACAACACAGGGGGGAGCAGUAGAUGCAAAAAGCAGCGAUUCUAAAGGAGAUGGGGAAAGCGUGGGAACCCACAGGACGCGGAGGCAGAGCGCAGCUGCAGCCACCACGGCCCUGCUGAGCAAGCCCAAGCAGAAGGAAACAGCUUGAACAAUAAAUACCAUUGCUUUGUUAUUCAUGGACAUGGUGGGCCUGACCUCGCAGAACACUUGAUAAUGCCUUGCAGAAAUAACUCAGUGUACCAGCGAUGACCUACCAAGGAUCGGCGACACUUAAGAACACAACAUGUUCAGACAGAGUCAAACAUACCUUAGAAUUAUUUAUGAUAAACACCUGAACUCACCUUUUGUAAGUUAAAUACCGUAUACUUACUAUACUUGGUGCAACAAAGUGAAGAAAUUAUUUAAUAGCAGUACAUAAGCUCCAAAGUUUUCACAGAUACAAUUACCCCUAAAGCAUU